GAGAGAGAAUCGAAAUUGGAUGAGCAGUUGAAGAUAGAGAGAGAGAAUCAGAGAUGAGUUCUUUCUAUUUGUGCUCUCCCCUUUCUUCGCUCCAUGUUUCAUCAUCCAAAUCUCUCGUAUUAAUCAGCAGCAGCACAGACCCCAAACACAUCUGCUUUUUGAGAAACAGAAAUGUAUGCCCCAAAAGCAAACUUAUUGCCGCCAAUUCGUCGUCUUCAUCUAAUUCCGGCACUCCUCCCGCGGACAGCGGCGCAAGCAACUUCUGCAUUAUAGAAGGACCAGAGACUGUUCAGGAUUUUGUUCAGAUGCAGUCCCAGGAAAUUCAAGACAACAUUAAAAGCAGACGCAAUAAAAUAUUUCUCCUCAUGGAAGAAUUGAGGAGGCUAAGAGUGCAAGAACGCAUCAAGGGUAUGGAUAUUCUUUACGACAGUCCAGAUGAAAGUGAGAUGCCAGAUAUCCCGUCAUCAAUUCCCUUUCUUCCUAAUGUGACACCAAAGACAUUGAAGCAGCUCUAUUUGACAAGCUUUUCGUUCAUAUCUGGAAUUAUAGUUUUCGGGGCUUUAAUUGCACCAACUCUUGAGCUAAAAUUGGGUAUAGGAGGCACUUCUUAUGAAGAUUUCAUAAUGAACAUGCAUUUGCCGAUGCAGUUAAGUCAGGUGGAUCCUAUUGUGGCCUCGUUUUCGGGUGGGGCAGUGGGGGUUAUUUCAGCUUUGAUGUUGUUAGAGAUUAACAACGUUGAGCAACAAGAGAAGAAACGGUGCAAAUACUGCCAUGGAACUGGAUACUUGGCAUGUGCCCGUUGUUCAGCAAGUGGUUUGUGUUUGUCGAUUGAACCAAUAGUAGCGAGUGCCUCUGAUCGUCCGUUGAAUGCACCAACUACUAAAAGGUGUCUAAAUUGCUCCGGGGCUGGAAAGGUAAUGUGCCCAACAUGCCUUUGCACCGGGAUGAUGAUGGCGAGUGAGCACGACCCAAGAAUAGAACCGUUCGACUAAAACAUCCCCCCCCCCCCUCCCCACCCCACCCCCUCUGUUUAGUCAGCUGAGGUUACCUAUAUAGGCUAUAUGUACACUCUCAAAGAAAGAGGUUUUACAAGCAAGAAGACAGUGUAGAAACUGCUGUACAAUGUAAAAUAAUAUUAAGUUGUCUGAUGAUUUUAAACACUUUGCAACAGGUAAUGUUUACAAUGUUUUUUUAUGUG